GUUUACUUCCAAAAACAUUCAUUUGCAUGGAGCUCUGAACGAGAUUUUCACGGAGGAUUUACCAAACGGGGAGUUUAAACUUUCUUCUCUUUCCCCCAUGCACCAUGAACCAUUUCGGGGGAAAACGGAGAUACAUGUAAACAGGGUGGGGGGCGACAUGGGAUCCCUCAACUCCAGCGGAAUUGACGCUUAUCCGUUCCUCUUCCUCAACGCCUCCCCAACGGAUUCUCAGUAUUCCUUGGCCACGACAGCCGGACUGGCGGCGCUGGUCAGCUUCCUGAUUCUCUUUACCAUCGUGGGGAAUGUGCUGGUGGUGAUCGCGGUGCUCACGAGUAGAGCUCUAAAAGCACCGCAGAACCUUUUCCUGGUCUCCCUGGCGACCGCGGACAUUCUCGUGGCCACGCUGGUCAUGCCCUUCUCGCUGGCCAACGAGCUGAUGGGCUACUGGUACUUCGGGAAAGUUUGGUGCGGCAUCUACCUGGCGCUGGACGUGCUCUUCUGCACCUCGUCCAUCGUGCACCUGUGCGCCAUCAGCCUGGACCGCUACUGGUCCGUCACGCAAGCCGUGGAGUACAACCUGAAGCGCACGCCGCGGCGCGUCAAGGGCAUCAUCGUGGUGGUGUGGCUGCUCUCCGCCGUCAUCUCUUCCCCGCCGCUCGUCACCAUCGAGGGCAUUGAGCGUCCGGUGGUUGCGCAAGAUCAGCAGCGGCAGCAGCAGCAGGACAGGCCGCAGUGCGAGCUGAACGAUGACACCUGGUACAUGCUAUCUUCCAGCAUCGGCUCCUUCUUCGCGCCGUGUCUCAUUAUGGUGGCCGUGUACGUGCGUAUCUACCAGGUGGCCAAGACGCGGACGCGUGGAGCAUCGGGGAAGCGGCGGAGUGCGAUGGGGGCAGAGGGGGCAGGUGCCGGAGCAGCGGCAGGAGUGGUAGUGAGGGGAUCUGAUGGUGUCACACAGACCCAGACGGAGAACGGUGGCUUCAGCAAGGUGAUGGUGAUGGCACCUGUGGGGUCGGUGACAGGGACUGGGACUGGCAUGGGCACGUUGACAACACAGGUUGGCAGCGACGAACAGCAGUCGCACCAGCAGCAGCAGCAGCAGCAGCAGCCGCCGCAGCAAAGAGAGAAUGGCCACUGUCAGUGCCCACCCUCAGCACCCCCCACCCCGGCACGAGGCCCUCUGACUGCCAUCACUGUCACCACCACCACCACCACAGAGGACGUGGAUGCUGAGGAGAGCAGCUCAUCGCAUAGCAGAAGUGGGGGGCAGAGAGGGCAGGAGAGGCAGCAGCACCGGAGGCCAGUGGCAACAGUCCGGCCGAUACCCAGAAUCGUCGACAGCAGCAGCGGAGUUGGUGCUGGAGGUGGCGGUAAGGAAAAUGGCGGUGGGACAGACACCGGACGCAAGGGCAGCAGCGUCCUGUCCAAACACGCCAGCCUUGCGUCGCGUGCCAGCUGCAAGUCCAUUGACCUGUUCGCCUCCAGGCGGCGGCGCGGCACCAAGGGCACCGGUCACCGUCACCGCAGCGGUGGCAUUGCUCUCCCCACCGCGGCAUCCCGCAAGAAGGCCUCGCAGGCGCGCGAGAAGCGCUUCACCUUCGUGCUGGCAGUGGUCAUGGGCGUCUUUGUGGUGUGCUGGUUCCCGUUCUUCUUCACCUACAGCUUACAGGCGGUGUGCCGCGCCGCGUGCCACAUACCGGAGCCACUCUUCAAGUUCUUCUUCUGGAUCGGCUACUGCAACAGCUCCCUAAACCCCGUCAUCUACACCAUCUUCAACAAGGACUUCCGCCGCGCCUUCCAGAAGAUACUCUGCAAGACCUGGAAGAAGUCGUUUUGA